AUGGCGGAUGUGACGGAUGAGGAGAUUAAGGCGCGUGGGAUCAUGGCGCUGAGAGAUCUGAAUGCGCGACAGAACGGCGCGCGCGUGGACGCACCGUCGCUAUGGGGCUGGGGGCGUAACAGAUGGAGCAACCUCGUGCGUCAGGAGCUAUGUAGGCGCGCACGGCACGGCACGCGGCGACGGUCGGAUGAAGAAGCUGCUGCGUUUCUCGCCGCGCUACAAGCACGGGGCGAACCGCGACAGAAUCCGCCGAGCGAGGCGCCGGCUCCGACGCCGCAACGGGUCCGUGAUGACAAGAGUCCAGAUCACCCGGGAUUGCAGCUCUUCGAAGGCGUUUUCAGAAGUUGGAUGCUCGCCGUACGCGUCUUCCCGUUUAAAGUGAGCCGAGAAGCCUUGGAGCGGGUGAUGUCGAGCAUGGGCUUGAGUGAGCGCGUGUGUCUAGUUGACCUUCUCGAAGAUGCAAGCGUCGUUGCCGCCCCCAAGUGA